UGUGAUCAUGAGACUGAUCUCCUGCUUGCUCUUUUGUCCUCAGCUCUGGUGGUGAGAUUCCUGACCAGACGCUUCAUCUGGGAGUACGAUCCCACACUCGAAUCAACCUAUCGCCAUCAAGCCAAUGUUGACGACGAGGUUGUAGCCAUGGAGAUCCUGGACACUGCGGGACAGGAGGACCUCCAGCAGAGGGAGAGCCACAUGCGCUGGGGCGACGGCUUCAUCAUCGUCUACGACAUCACCGACCGGGGCAGCUUCGAGGACGUGGCGCCGCUCAGAAGCCUGCUGGAGGACGUCAAGAAGCCCAAGAACGUCCCGCUGGUGCUGGUGGGCAACAAGUGCGACCUGGACCACGCCCGGCAGGUGGGCACAGAGGAGGGCGAGCGGCUGGCCGCCGAGAUGGCGUGCGCCUUCUACGAGUGCUCGGCGUGCGCCGACGAGGGCGGCGCUGUGGCCGAGGCGUUCCACGAGGUGUGCCGCGAGGUGAGGCGGCGCAAGGCCGUGCAGGGCAAGGCGCGCCGCCGCAGCUCCACCACGCACGUCAAGCAGGCCAUCAACAAGAUGCUGACCAAGAUCAGCAGCUAGGACCGCCCCCCCCCUCCCGGGGCACGACGCAUCGCAGAACCGCCGCAGCCGCCAUGAUGGAAAACGAACGCCAAAUACCAGAGAGAGAGAUGUGCGUUUUGUCGGAACCCCGACGUGGACUAUAGUUUGGCCGUGGAAGGGGUGACCGAUUAUUUCUUAAACAAACAAAGAGUCACAAGCACACACUAUCUGAACCGCCCUUCACUAUCAGCACAUUCAACACAGUGAGAGAAACUACAAUAAAGAAUAAAAACAAAUACAGGAACUUUGUUACAGUAGCCCUCAGGGAUUAGUACUAGCUGCAGUUAGCCCAGUUGUCUGUGCUAAGCGCGCAAAAGUUUCAUCAUUAGUUCCCGAUUGAACCCCAUACAAAUCAGCACGUCGUCUGAUCAGCAGACAGUCUACAUUUGAUUGAGUCCAUCUGGGACCGUACAGCAUGCAAUGAAGACUUUCUUCGAAAUUGGUGAAUUGAUAACAUGUACGUUAUUCUUUGUAGCUUUUUUGUUUGAUUUGGAAGGCUUUACAACGUUAUGGGCUGCCUUAGGUGUGACUUGUUUAAACUACAUUUCCCAGAAUCCUGACCAUAGCACCGCUGUAGAUACGCCGUGUUAUGAGUACUACCAUUUGGCAUCAAGACCUCUAUUUCACCCUCUACAUCCACUCCGUACACCAACCAACACCAACUCCAUACAUUGCAUUGACACAACAUCCAUCUACUGGUCUAUUCCUUUUGCACUUUAAAAAUUGGAGGGAGGGAGGGAGCAAGGGAGAGAGAGAGAGAGAGAGAGAGAGAGAGAGAGAGAGAGAGAGAGAGAGAGAGAGAGAGAGAGAGAGAGAGAGAGAGAGAGAGAGAGAGAGAGAGAGGGAGAGGUACCCAAAGACGACGAGAAGCAGUACCCUAAAAUGGGCAGGUCUGAAACGCAGGGCUUGAAAGACGAAGACCGCGGAAAACAACCGUGUACUUCAAGUUGAUUAACGUUUGUAUAACUCCUAAGGGAAACAUGUGUGAUAUACAGUAAAUGGAGUCCGGUUGUUUAUCGUGCACGAUCCCCGGGGAAGAUUACCCCUGAUGAAUUCCUCCAUAUCGCCCGACCCUUAGCCCCGCACCCGGCUCGCUCUUGUUUGUCCAAGACGAGGGUCCAAGAUCGCUAUCCAUCUUUUCAUCAAGGGAGUCCCAUAGUAGUAGCUUUGAGAGCCAAUUUGUAGGGCCUUAAGAAUGAAUGUGUUUCACGUUUAAUGUUUGGGGGGUGUGGGAGAGACUGGUGGGGAGGGGGGAGGGAGAGGUUGGUGUGGGGGAGGUCUUCCGUCUCCGUCCAUCAUUACUUGCCACAUUCCAAGCAUUUUCUUUACUGUUGGCAUAUCUUUCAUACUGUAAACUAUGUACAAUAAUGUCGACCUAUAGACUGGUGUGUUCUCCCGGGUAUGCACAGAAACCAAAGUCACGAGACAAGGAAGUUGUUUAAAGCGAGAUGUUGUUCCAGUGUAACAUCUGGGACAGCCAGACCAGCUGUACGCUUGUGAUUAAAAGAAUAUAUCAAGAAUA